AUGGCCGCUCUUGUAGCCAUGCGGAUGAACGACGAUCGAUGCACAGCAUUCAUAUCACACAGCUGUGGGCCUGUGGCCGUGUCGGCUGGGCAUAUCGACAGGCUGCCUCGUCACCGCCGUUCUCUCUCUCUUUGCCAUGCACCAGGUGCGCCGCAGCACCAAGAGUGGGAGGGAAGGAAGCCUUCAGCUGACCUUGACACGCGACUCAUGGCGAUUGAAGACCACGUGGCACGAAUAGCAGCGGAGAACGUGGCAGGGAUGGUGCGGGAGGAGGUGGGGCGGCUGGGCGGGCAGGUGGAGGGGAGGGAGCACGUGGCACGGAUAGCAGCGGAAAACGUUACAGGGGUGGUCCGGGAGGAGGUGGGGCGGCUGGGCGGGCAGGUGGAGAGCGUGCAGGCGCUGCAGCGUGCCAGAACCGAGGCGGGCGGCAACGGGUCGGCGGACAUGGGCGGCGACUGGGCGGUGGUGCUGGAGGCGCGUGCACGGGACGCGGAGCAGCGGGCGGCGCAGCUGAAUGAGACCGUGGGGCGGCUCACGGCUGGCAUGAGACAACAGGCCGCAGAAAUCGCGGCUCUCAAGGUGGGUGCUGUGCGGUGUGCUGCAGUCAAGCUGAAUGAGACGGUGGGGCGGCUCACGGCUGGCAUGCGGCAGCAGGCGGCUGAGAUAGCAGUUCUCAAGGUGGGUGGGUGGGGUCAAAGGUGGGUGGGUGGGGUCAAAGGUGGGUGGGUGGGGUCAAAGGUGGGUGGGUGGGGUCAAGGUGGGUGGGUGGGGUCAAAGGUGGGUGGGUGGGGUCAAAGGUGGGUGGGUGGGGUCAAAGGUGGGUGGGUGGGGUCAAAGGUGGGUGCGUGGGGUCAAAGGUGGGUGGGUGGGGUCAAAGGUGGGUGGGUGGGGUCAAAGGUGGGUGGGUGGGGUCAAAGGUGGGUGGGUGGGGUCAAAGGUGGGUGGGUGGGGUCAAAGGUGGGUGCGUGGGGUCAAAGGUGGGUGCGUGGGGUCAAAGGUGGGUGGGUGGGGUCAAAGGUGGGUGGGUGGGGUCAAAGGUGGGUGGGUGGGGUCAAAGGUGGGUGGGUGGGGUCAAAGGUGGGUGGGUGGGGUCAAAGGUGGGUGCGUGGGGUCAAAGGUGGGUCGGUGGGGUCAAAGGUGGGUGGGUGGGGUCAAAGGUGGGUGGGUGGGGUCAAAGGUGGGUGGGUGGGGUCAAAGGUGGGUGGGUGGGGUCAAAGGUGGGUGGGUGGGGUCAAAGGUGGGUGCGUGGGGUCAAAGGUGGGUGCGUGGGGUCAAAGGUGGGUGCGUGGGGUCAAAGGUGGGUGGGUGGGGUCAAAGGUGGGUGGGUGGGGUCAAAGGUGGGUGGGUGGGGUCAAAGGUGGGUGGGUGGGGUCAAAGGUGGGUGGGUGGGGUCAAAGGUGGGUGGGUGGGGUCAAAGGUGGGUGGGUGGGGUUAAAGGUGGGUGGGUGGGGUCAAAGGUGGGUGGGUGGGGUCAAAGGUGGGUGGGUGGGGUCAAAGGUGGGUGGGUGGGGUCAAAGGUGGGUGGGUGGGGUCAAAGGUGGGUGGGUGGGGUCAAAGGUGGGUGGGUGGGGUCAAAGGUGGGUGGGUGGGGUCAAAGGUGGGUGGGUGGGGUCAAAGGUGGGUGGGUGGGGUCAAAGGUGGGUGCGUGGGGUCAAAGGUGGGUGGGUGGGGUCAAAGGUGGGUGGGUGGGGUCAAAGGUGGGUGGGUGGGGUCAAAGGUGGGUGGGUGGGGUCAAAGGUGGGUGCGUGGGGUCAAAGGUGGGUCGGUGGGGUCAAAGGUGGGUGGGUGGGGUCAAAGGUGGGUGGGUGGGGUCAAAGGUGGGUGGGUGGGGUCAAGGUGGGUGGGUGGGGUCAAAGGUGGGUGGGUGGGGUCAAAGGUGGGUGGGUGGGGUCAAAGGUGGGUGGGUGGGGUCAAAGGUGGGUGGGUGGGGUCAAAGGUGGGUGCGUGGGGUCAAAGGUGGGUGGGUGGGGUCAAAGGUGGGUGGGUGGGGUCAAAGGUGGGUGGGUGGGGUCAAAGGUGGGUGCGUGGGGUCAAAGGUGGGUGGGUGGGGUCAAAGGUGGGUGGGUGGGGUCAAAGGUGGGUGGGUGGGGUCAAAGGUGGGUGGGUGGGGUCAAAGGUGGGUGCGUGGGGUCAAAGGUGGGUGGGUGGGGUCAAAGGUGGGUGGGUGGGGUCAAAGGUGGGUGGGUGGGGUCAAAGGUGGGUGGGUGGGGUCAAAGGUGGGUGGGUGGGGUCAAAGGUGGGUGGGUGGGGUCAAAGGUGGGUGGGUGGGGUCAAAGGUGGGUGCGUGGGGUCAAAGGUGGGUGCGUGGGGUCAAAGGUGGGUGGGUGGGGUCAAAGGUGGGUGGGUGGGGUCAAAGGUGGGUGGGUGGGGUCAAAGGUGGGUGGGUGGGGUCAAAGGUGGGUGGGUGGGGUCAAAGGUGGGUGGGUGGGGUCAAAGGUGGGUGCGUGGGGUCAAAGGUGGGUCGGUGGGGUCAAAGGUGGGUGGGUGGGGUCAAAGGUGGGUGGGUGGGGUCAAAGGUGGGUGGGUGGGGUCAAAGGUGGGUGGGUGGGGUCAAAGGUGGGUGGGUGGGGUCAAAGGUGGGUGGGUGGGGUCAAAGGUGGGUGGGUGGGGUCAAAGGUGGGUGGGUGGGGUCAAAGGUGGGUGGGUGGGGUCAAAGGUGGGUGGGUGGGGUCAAAGGUGGGUGCGUGGGGUCAAAGGUGGGUGGGUGGGGUCAAAGGUGGGUAUGUGUGGUCAAAGGUGGGUGGGUGGGGUCAAAGGUGGGUGGGUGGGGUCAAGGUGGGUGGGUGGGGUCAAAGGUGGGUGGGUGGGGUCAAGGUGGGUGGGUGGGGUCAAAGGUGGGUGGGUGGGGUCAAGGUGGGUGGGUGGGGUCAAGGUGGGUGGGUGGGGUCAAAGGUGGGUGGGUGGGGUCAAAGGUGGGUGGGUGGGGUCAAAGGUGGGUGGGUGGGGUCAAAGGUGGGUGCGUGGGGUCAAAGGUGGGUGGGUGGGGUCAAAGGUGGGUGGGUGGGGUCAAAGGUGGGUGGGUGGGGUCAAAGGUGGGUGGGUGGGGUCAAAGGUGGGUGGGUGGGGUCAAAGGUGGGUGCGUGGGGUCAAAGGUGGGUGCGUGGGGUCAAAGGUGGGUGGGUGGGGUCAAAGGUGGGUGGGUGGGGUCAAAGGUGGGUGGGUGGGGUCAAAGGUGGGUGGGUGGGGUCAAAGGUGGGUGGGUGGGGUCAAAGGUGGGUGCGUGGUGUCAAAGGUGGGUCGGUGGGGUCAAAGGUGGGUGGGUGGGGUCAAAGGUGGGUGGGUGGGGUCAAAGGUGGGUGGGUGGGGUCAAAGGUGGGUGGGUGGGGUCAAAGGUGGGUGGGUGGGGUCAAAGGUGGGUGCGUGGGGUCAAAGGUGGGUGCGUGGGGUCAAAGGUGGGUGCGUGGGGUCAAAGGUGGGUGGGUGGGGUCAAAGGUGGGUGGGUGGGGUCAAAGGUGGGUGGGUGGGGUCAAAGGUGGGUGGGUGGGGUCAAAGGUGGGUGGGUGGGGUCAAAGGUGGGUGGGUGGGGUCAAAGGUGGGUGGGUGGGGUUAAAGGUGGGUGGGUGGGGUCAAAGGUGGGUGGGUGGGGUCAAAGGUGGGUGGGUGGGGUCAAAGGUGGGUGGGUGGGGUCAAAGGUGGGUGGGUGGGGUCAAAGGUGGGUGGGUGGGGUCAAAGGUGGGUGGGUGGGGUCAAAGGUGGGUGGGUGGGGUCAAAGGUGGGUGGGUGGGGUCAAAGGUGGGUGGGUGGGGUCAAAGGUGGGUGCGUGGGGUCAAAGGUGGGUGGGUGGGGUCAAAGGUGGGUGGGUGGGGUCAAGGUGGGUGGGUGGGGUCAAAGGUGGGUGGGUGGGGUCAAAGGUGGGUGGGUGGGGUCAAAGGUGGGUGGGUGGGGUUAAAGGUGGGUGGGUGGGGUCAAAGGUGGGUGGGUGGGGUCAAAGGUGGGUGGGUGGGGUCAAAGGUGGGUGGGUGGGGUCAAAGGUGGGUGGGUGGGGUCAAAGGUGGGUGGGUGGGGUCAAAGGUGGGUGGGUGGGGUCAAAGGUGGGUGGGUGGGGUCAAAGGUGGGUGGGUGGGGUCAAAGGUGGGUGGGUGGGGUCAAAGGUGGGUGCGUGGGGUCAAAGGUGGGUGGGUGGGGUCAAAGGUGGGUGGGUGGGGUCAAAGGUGGGUGGGUGGGGUCAAAGGUGGGUGGGUGGGGUCAAAGGUGGGUGCGUGGGGUCAACGGUGGGUGGGUGGGGUCAAAGGUGGGUGGGUGGGGUCAAAGGUGGGUGGGUGGGGUCAAAGGUGGGUGGGUGGGGUCAAAGGUGGGUGGGUGGGGUCAAAGGUGGGUGGGUGGGGUCAAAGGUGGGUGGGUGGGGUCAAAGGUGGGUGCGUGGGGUCAAAGGUGGGUGCGUGGGGUCAAAGGUGGGUGGGUGGGGUCAAAGGUGGGUGGGUGGGGUCAAAGGUGGGUGGGUGGGGUCAAAGGUGGGUGGGUGGGGUCAAAGGUGGGUGGGUGGGGUCAAAGGUGGGUGGGUGGGGUCAAAGGUGGGUGCGUGGGGUCAAAGGUGGGUCGGUGGGGUCAAAGGUGGGUGGGUGGGGUCAAAGGUGGGUGGGUGGGGUCAAAGGUGGGUGGGUGGGGUCAAAGGUGGGUGGGUGGGGUCAAAGGUGGGUGGGUGGGGUCAAAGGUGGGUGGGUGGGGUCAAAGGUGGGUGGGUGGGGUCAAAGGUGGGUGGGUGGGGUCAAGGUGGGUGGGUGGGGUCAAAGGUGGGUGGGUGGGGUCAAAGGUGGGUGGGUGGGGUCAAAGGUGGGUGGGUGGGGUCAAAGGUGGGUGGGUGGGGUCAAAGGUGGGUGCGUGGGGUCAAAGGUGGGUGGGUGGGGUCAAAGGUGGGUGGGUGGGGUCAAAGGUGGGUGGGUGGGGUCAAAGGUGGGUGGGUGGGGUCAAAGGUGGGUGGGUGGGGUCAAAGGUGGGUGGGUGGGGUCAAAGGUGGGUGGGUGGGGUCAAAGGUGGGUGGGUGGGGUCAAAGGUGGGUGGGUGGGGUCAAAGGUGGGUGGGUGGGGUCAAAGGUGGGUGGGUGGGGUCAAAGGUGGGUGCGUGGGGUCAAAGGUGGGUGGGUGGGGUCAAAGGUGGGUAUGUGUGGUCAAAGGUGGGUGGGUGGGGUCAAAGGUGGGUGGGUGGGGUCAAGGUGGGUGGGUGGGGUCAAAGGUGGGUGGGUGGGGUCAAAGGUGGGUGGGUGGGGUCAAAGGUGGGUGGGUGGGGUCAAGGUGGGUGGGUGGGGUCAAAGGUGGGUGCGUGGGGUCAAAGGUGGGUGGGUGGGGUCAAAGGUGGGUGGGUGGGGUCAAGGUGGGUGGGUGGGGUCAAAGGUGGGUGGGUGGGGUCAAAGGUGGGUGGGUGGGGUCAAGGUGGGUGGGUGGGGUCAAGUCAAUGUGGGGUGGACUUAUGGGCAUGGCACAUGCGAGGGAGCAGCGGGGGGCGCGGCUGAAUGAGACAGUGGGGCGGCUCACGGCUGACAUGCGGCAGCAGGCGGCUGAGAUUGCGGCUCUCAUGGCAGCAGAGCAGGUGGCAGCAGGGGCAGCAGGGCUGCCUAAGCGGCCAAGAGGCAAGAUGGUGGUGUUGGAGGAUGACUCCUCCCGCUGGCACCCCAAUGCAUACCGGUUGGAACCGGCACGCAUCGUGGUGGUGAGCUGUGCUGGUUGCACUGGCUCAGCGCAACAGCUUUUCUUUUUAGGCUUCUCAUAUCCCCCCACUCCUCCUCUCCACCCCUCCUUUUGCUCCCAUGCAAGCAGUGCAUACCGCAACGAGUACAGGCUGGAUCCGGCACGCAUCAUGGUGAUGGGGGGCUGGCUGGCACGCAUCGUGGUGGUGGGGUUGGGUGCGCUGGCUCAGCUCAGCAAGCGGCUUUUGAGGCUCUCAUAUUUUCCCACGCACUCAUCCCCCCUCUCCUACCCCCACCCCCCUGUAAGCAGCGCUUAUCGGUUGGAACCGGCACGCAUCGUGGUGGUGGGGCUGGGCGCUCUGGCUCAGCGCAGCAAGCGGCGGUUGGAGGGGUGCUGGUGGCACAAGAUGGAUGGGCGCACCGUGAUUGCCGGCAAGCUCACCCAGAUGGUGAUGGAGGAACAUCACAACUUCCUGGUGGGUUGUGGGCUGGGGGGGACGGUGCUGGAAAUAAGGGUGCUGGUGGCACCGCCUGGAUGGGCACACUGUGAUUGCCGGGAAGCUGACACAGAUGGUGAUGGAGGGGCAUCACACUUUCCUGGUGGGUUGAGUUGUGGGGGGGAUGGUGCUAGGAAUGAGGUGACAGUGGAGGGGUGCUGGUGGCACCGCCUGGAUGGGCACACCGUGAUUGCCGGCAAGCUCACCCAGAUGGUCAUGGAGGAGCAUCACAACUUCCUGUACGAGAUGGUGAUACUGCAGUGCACACUGGAAGAAGAGGUGGAGGAGACGGGAGGGCAUCUGAAGAUCUAUAUGGACCGUCAGAUGCUCUACCCUUACCGCGAGGAUGUGAAGGAGGUGAGGAUAAAUGUCAACGAGGUGAGAGCAGCGUGCAGCAGUUCAUCCACUACCACCGCUACGCUGGAGGCUACGACCACUUUGUUCUCUACCACACCGUCGGGCUGCCCCCGUCCCUUCCUCUUGCCCGUACGCCCUCAGAGAGCUGAAGAGAGCAGAGAGCCCACUCCCCUGGCGCCUGGCCUUUUGCAGCUCCACGCUCUACGCGGAGGUGGAGGAGCGAAGCGUCCUCCAGUUCAUUCACUACCACCGCUACGCCCCCUCUCUCCCUCACUCGCUCCCUCUGUCCUCGCAUCCCCUCGAAUGGUCCUCCCAGACGCUGAAGACAGCAGAGAGCCCACUGCCCUGGCGAAUAGCCUACUGCAGCUCCACACUCUAUGCAGAGGUCAACUUCAGUACUUGCAACAAAAGUCAGCAAACCCGUUACAGUGUCAUUCAAAGUCUGUGAUCAACCAAGAUUUGCGAUACUUUAAUUCAAGUGGGGAGGAGGUUAAGGAGUGA